AGAGGCUUUUUAUUCUUUCAUAUUUUAGAAAUAUUAAAAAAAUUCUACCAAUAAACCUUAGACUGCCUCUGCAAAAAAACAUAUUAUUUCCUGACCCUUGGCGUAAUUUUGUAAUAACGUAAAGAAAAGGGGCCGAGAAUGAAAAAGAAGAAAAUUGUGGGUCAAACUGAAAGAAACAUUAAAAAAAAAAAAAGGGCAAAAAACUUUAAUCGAAGAGGAGAGGAGAAGAAACGAAGAGAGAAAGGAAUGGGAUCUUCAAAUUCAUCAGUUGUUCUGCUCCUCCUUUCCUUCCCUUUACUCCUUCCCUUCUUAACCUCAGCUUCAGCUUCUUCGAUCGAUCUCCAACGCAGUGAAAAAGUCGGGCAAAGAGUUUUGAUGAGCCUCACAGAAACUCCAAAAGGAAGCAACCGUACUUUCGAUUGCUCACUCUCUGGGCCUUGCGUUCCUUGCCUUUACUCUGAGAAGAGUGACGAAAAAUAUCGAUGUAGUGAGACAGGAUAUCGUAUCCCUAUCAAAUGUGUAGAAACUGAUGAUGGUUUAAAGACUGAAAAUAAACAAAAAUCUGAAAAGAAUAGAUCUAAUCUUGAAAUCUCAGUCAGCAAUGAAAUUUCUAGAAAACGUAGAAGCUUACGUGAUGAUUCAUCCACAUCAGAGGGUGGGGUACGAGCCUACAUUACCUAUAGAAGCUGUAUACAAAUAGUUAACGAAGAGAAGUUGUCAGUACUGGGUUUUGAGGGAAUUAUUUUUGGCUUGUUGCUUGUUAGUGGUUCAGUUGUAUUCUUAAGAAGAAAGCGGACCAUUACCAUGCCAGGAGUUGCAGCAGGGAGGAUCCAGCCUAAUUCUAGGUUUUGAUCCCUUUCAUUUGAAACAGACUUUGUUGAUAACAGAGGAUUAUGAAGUAAUUUAGUAUAGAAUUACAAGUGAAGCAUUCACUGUUUAUUUCUUUUUCUUUAUUCUUCAUCUUGGAUUGAAAUUGUCAAAAGUGAUUUUCCCCAAGUUUAAUCGUCCAACGGUGUUAUUGAUUCUUGAUAGUCCUGCAAUUGUUGAUCGAAGGCUUACUCGUUUUGGUGGUUUCUAGUUGGUAAGAAAUGAUAGAAAGCUCCAUUCAUAUUGAGGUGCAACAAUGUCGUUAUGAUGCAACUCUGAACUAGAUCCUUGUGUCCUUGUUCCGUGAGUCUUUGUUAUUGCUCUGCUGUUUGUUUCUUUUGGGCAUAUUCUUGGCUUUAUGUUGUGAACUUGUCACAAAACAUUGCGUGUAGAUAAUGGCGUGUUUGUUGUGCCAUCAGUUCAUUGUGAAGUAGAUGCACGCCACUGAAUGACAUCUUUUUGUUUCAAUUCAAGCAGGUAAAAUGGAUUGAAAUUUGAAAUUGUAUUUAGCUAGUACCCCACAAAAUGUUUGAAUUUAUGAUGCCACAUGGUUUAUUCCUAGUCAUUUUAUUCUCGGCUGGUCUGCAGCAUAUCAAUCGGUGAUGUCGAAGUUGAUUGAAAACG